UGAAAAAGUGGGUGGGUCUUCCUUCUGUAUCCGGAAACAUGGAGGCGGUUGUGAGUGAUAUCGUCGCUCCUGAGGACCUUUCUAAAUUUGAGAAGAAAUACAACAGUGAGCUGGCAAAGGGAGCCGUCUCUAAAGAAACCAAGUUUGAAUUUGCUUGGUGCCUGAUCCGGAGUAAAUUCUCACAUGAGAUCAAGAAGGGCAUUGCACUGUUGGAAGAGCUUGUUCAAAAGGCAUCAAAGGACGACUCGCGGGACUUCCUGUUCUACCUCGCAGUGGCCAACUACAGACUCAAAGACUAUGAAAAAGCCCUGAAAUACAUCCGGACUCUCCUUAAGAACGAGCCGGGGAACAAACAGGCUCAGGAGCUGGAGAAACUCAUCGAUAAAGCGUUAAAAAAAGAUGGCUUGGUUGGCAUGGCGAUCGUCGGGGGAAUCGGCCUCGGCGUGGCCGGUAUUGCAGGACUCAUUGGUUUGGCCGUGUCAAAGGGAGCUGCCAAAUCCUAAAGUGGACAUGAGAUGAUGUGUUUUUAUUUUGCUGGACUCAUACACUGACUCUUUUCUGCAUAAAAAUAUAAUAAGUUAAGUAAUGAGAACUUGGAAGGAUAUAACAUUAUGGUUUGAUGUGCCAGUGAUUAACCUGUUUCCAGAUUUAACAGGGUUGAAAUUCACAAUUCAUUAAAUAUUAUUUUGCUCCUCA